AUGUCUGAAUCAAAAACAACUAAAGCCACUGCCAAAAGUUCCACUAGCAAAACCAAGGCUUCGAAAUCCAAGGUGAAAAGCAACGGUCCAAAAAAGCCACAAACUGCUUACAACAAAUUUAUGCAGACUGAACUUCCUAAAGUCAAGGCCGAAAAUCCGUUACUUCAACAUAAAGAUGCGUUUAAACUUGCAGCCGGUCGUUGGAAAGAUAGUCCUGAGAACCCGAAAAAUAAUAGCACUGUUGAUACUCCUUAA